AUGCUGCACCGCGACCAGUCUGAGAAGUCGAUCCCGCCAGACGGCGCUUUGUUGACUGGCAAGCAAGAGCACUACCUGAAGCGGGAGCUCAUAUCCAGAGAAGUCCAUGACGAGAUCAACGAGCUCAACAGUCCGACCGCACUACAGCGAUUCGGUGCACCAUUCCAAUCACCCCUCGGAGAGGUGGCUCCCGUGGACUCGGAGCUCCCCAUCUUACGUUACAUCUUCGUCAACCAUGUACGCAACUUCCCUUUUCUUGACCAAGCGAAGGAGAAGGAGUUCUGGCAGGACAAGCUGCAGGUCUUCCUGCAGUCAUUCGCCAGCAAGUACAUUUCUUCCUCAGAGGAUCGGCUGGAGGAGACCAAGAGGAGGAAACUGGCAAAGAAAUGCGAGAAGUUGGUCGAGCUGAUGAUGGUCUCCGGCGUUCCUACUGCCUCUGGCUACGAGGAGCGGAUCCGUUUCGAAGAGAUGGAAAUCGUGGACCGAUCUGCGAAUGAACAGGGGUUGGUUAACAAUGUGCCAGAAGGCAACUAUAUCCACAACUGGGACGUUAAUGUUGCUGGCGUAAGGACCACAUCCGUCAAGCGACAUGUGCGGUAUCAUCAGCACGCCGAAUUCUUGAUCCGCGUGAAAAGGCCAGAGAAAGAUCCUUUCUACAUCGGACGGAGGUUUGGAGAUUUCCAGCGACUACACAAGCGUUUGAGGACAGAGAUGCCGGGCAAGGUGUUGCAACCACUGCCGAGGAAGAACAAGUCGUCCACCAUGUCUAGUCUGGGUUUCUCCGGUGGCAACGAUGACGAUGCAUCGUCAGUCUCGUCAGUCUCCACCAUGGACACAGGUCGAGAUGUUGCCGCAGCAGAGGACUCUUCGCGGUCGUCGCCGCGCCCUAGUCUGGACGAGCGAAGCGGCAGUCCCAAUCCUGUGAAGCUACACCGAGAAGACCAACGAGUGUCAUUACGUGCAUUUCUACGCACAAUUCUACAAAACGAGCAGAUAGCGGAGUCGAAAUCAAUCGAGGAGUUUCUGACGGCUGACCCUGUCAAGCUGAACGAGGAAGAGCUGGAAGACAUCGAUCGCCGGAAAGUCAUGGACGAGCGUCGCAUCGAGGAGCAGAAACAAUUCUACGAAAUUGCACGGAAGCGUGCAGCCGAGCUGGACAUCUAUAUGGAACGUUUCCGUCGCGACAUUGUCGAAAGAAAUGGCCUGACGAAAUUGUUUGCCGAGAUCAAGGCGAAGAAUACGAUUCAAGAGCUGAGCCCAGAGUAUCAGAAAUUUGCAGAGUGGCUACGUAUCGAAGUGGCAGCGACGCUGUACCAUCUCUUCCUGGCCGAAGACAACUCUCCGGAACUAUUCGCACAGUUCAAGCGAAUACACUCGCUCGUGCCUUACGGCAUGUUGAAGAAUGUAAUUCGGAUAGCCAACCCAGCGGCGGUCAUGGCCGGCGUGCUGGAUCUGUUCCUGGCGCAGCCGUUCGGAACGAGGUCACUACUCCAGCGAAUCUUCUCUCAGGCCAUUCAUGAUGGUAUCAAGCAACUUCAAAAGUCAGUCGACGACCUCUCCGCGAAAAUUAGUGAUCCGGUCCUGGUAGGCAAAAUCAAGCAAUUUGUUGACAGCGAUGAAGACGUCAAGGCUGUCAUUCGACAAGAGUCGGAAGCGGACCAGGUGGACAUCGUCGUGGCAAUACUGCGAUCCGAACUGCUCACACCUGAGCUAAACCACCAGCAGAUUGGCACCGUAUUCAAUGCUUAUGUGGCAUGGAAUAGUGCCGUCGAGAACACCGACCAGGAGCUCCGGGAAGGCGCUGAACUGUUCUCUCGUCUGAAGCAGCUGCUGAAGCUGAUGACCAGACAGCGCGACAAGGCAAUGAUGGCCAAUAUGAUAGAAGAACCCACCACACUCAAGCUUUUCAGAGAUCUUUUCACCAUCUUCUACGAGCCGCUUGUACGGGUGUACAAGUCAGCGAACGUCUACAGUAGUAUCACAGACUUUGCGGUAUUUGCCGACGAUGUCAUCAAAACCAUCGAAUCUGCGCAGCGACAGGACGUCGCUGCCGACCCCAACCAGACAGUCCAGAUGUUCAUCGACGUCUGCGCCCGUCAUGAGCACAACCUGUACAAAUUCAUCCACGAAGUUCACACACACGAUAACGGCCUAUUCGGUGCAUUAAUGGGCUGGAUUGAAGGAAUUCUCGACUUUCUACGUACAGGACCUACGGGCGGAAAAUUGGACAUGAACGCAAUCUUCCAAGGCGCAUUGGAUAUGGGCCAAGUGGACAAAGAGAAAUGCAUAGUCGAGAUCGACUCGCUCAUCAAAUGGCAAGAGGACAGGAAAAAGUGGCAUUCUGAUAAGACGAGACAGAAGAUGGCUGCUGAGGGUACAUCAGGAGGCGAUCAGGGUCUGCCAGGAGGUGCUUUUAAGAGUAGCGACUUUGGCCUGCAUGAGUCCGACCUGGCAGACAUGCGCAUCUCAGACGAAGAUGACGCAGAAGACAGCAGUGAUGAAGAGGCGGAUGACGACCUCGAUCCCAUUCAGGCGGAAAGGCGGCGGCGGCAGAAGACACAAGACAGACUUCGCGCAAGAGCCGGCGAACCUGUAAAGCCUGAUGUUGAAGAGGUGCUAAAGAUGCGAGAAGGCUUCUUGGCUAUGCUGCGGAUGGUUCUGAGUGAGUGA